AUGUCCUCUAAGAAGGAUAUGCGGAGGCCUGAUCUCGUCAUACCUUAUGUCGAGCCCAAGGAAGAGAAGCCUGCCGACUUCGGGUCGACACUGACUAGCACCAUGCCCAUGGCAGCUAUGUUUACUCGAAACAGAAUGCUGGGCUGGUUGUCACUUUUGACCGCUCUCCUCAACUGGCUGGGUGAAAGUCCUUCACAACAACAGAGCAGCGGUACGCCAGGGUAUUUGUCCUUUGGAAUGGCACUUCUUGCCGUGGGUGUGACAUAUAUGCCACUGUUUCUACCACCACCACCGAAUGCAGGCGGCGCCGCACCUGCAGUGCCACCUACUGGUUCGACUUAG